UUAGCUAUAGAUAAAUGGAAACAGCCGAGUCGCCAUCUCUAAUAGUUAUCGUUAUCGGUGACCGCUCGAAACGUGCGGUUGGUAAUUCUUCAUUCCAAAGAUAAAAACAAGCCCGAGCCGGAAUGAAAUUUGCGAUCGAAAGCAUUAGCAAGAAUUCCGGGCGGCUCGGUCAACUGCGAAUCAAGGAUGGAGGACCCGAGUUCAAGACUCCCCUUCUUUUGCAGACGACUAAGGGCGGAAGCAUUCCGUGGCUAAGUGCGGAUGUUUUCGAGAGUCAUGUCAGCCAGAAGCCACAGGUGCUCCAAUUCACUCUGUCCACAAUGGACCACAUGACCGAGGCACUUACACAUUGGAACAGUGGUGGAGGUCGCGGACUAAGCGACUACGUGGGACUACCAGGACAUCUAAACAUUCUCAUGUUACGAGAUCCUUGUGAAACAACGCCUUCCGGAGGCAACGAUCGGGAUAUACUGCCACUGUUUACGAGAAGGGGCAAGGAAUCGCUCUCUUCAGAACGCUACAUGGAAAUGGUAGCAAGUUUUAAGCCGGACAUCUAUGAGGGACUCUGCGAUGCGGACACAAAUUUGGAGAGUGCCAAGAAGCGGGUUCAGAAAUCGGUUGACAGGACAGAGAAGUUUAUGCAUUACAUCUACGAGCACCGGGGCAAGGUGAAUUCCACUCUGCUAGCUCCCAUUGUGGGCGGAUACAACACCUUUGCCCGGACGCAGUCCAUUAGACAUGCCCGGGAUCAGCCAGCGAGCAGCUAUGGAGGUUACAUCUUCGAGGGAUUCCACACGAAUGGUCUAUCGGCGACCACUUUGGAUACUUCCAAACUACUGCCAAUAGUACAACACUGCGUCAAGCAGUUGGAGGAGGACAAGCCUAGAAUAAUGCCGGGUGCCUACACUCCUCUAACCAUUCUAGAACUCAUCCGCCAGGGAAUUGAUGUGUUUGACUCUUCCUACGUAUACUUGGCUUCUCUGAACUUCAAGGCUUUGACAUUUAGUUUUGUCCAGGAUGCAGUGGAAAAUGCACCAUUUUUGGACAUAACCGAUGAAGCUAUCAAGGAGGAUUUUAGUCCGCCGCUGAGCAACUGUAGUUGCUUGACUUGCCAGAAACACACGCGUGCUUACCUUCACCACCUGUACAAGACCAACGAACUGCUUGGUCCCAUAUUACUAAUUGUUCACAACCUAUAUCACUACAUGGCUUUCUUUGAGAAAAUUCGUGAGAGUGUGGCUAGAGAUGAGCUUCCACAGCUGACGGAGCUUGUAAGAAAUCAGAAUGGCAAGACACAUGUGGAUUAUUCCAUUGCUGCCAACACCAAAGUAAUUAGCAAGGCGACCAUGGGGAAAGGAUUCGCAGCAGCAGCAGUAUGA